AUGGCUGUGAGUUACACCGCCAGCAUUUCCGAUAACUUCUCGAAUUACCUCCUUCAGGACAACUACGAAUAUAAGUCAAGAUUGUCUUCGGGAUCAUCCGUAUUCGAAGGCUACUAUCCAAGCGGUGCUUCUGCAACUCCUACAGGAACUUGUGAUUCCAGUUCUAGCAGUGUUCUCAGUCGAUUUGAAGUUCAUCAAGGUGGACCACUACAAACACCUCCUCAACAGCACCUACAGCCGCAGCAGCAAAUAAUCGAUCUAGAAGGACUCGAUAUAGAUUUUAUUCUCAGUAGCUCGGUGGAACAGAGAGAUGAGGCUUCUGGGAGUACCACGUCAGUUUCUUCGACAGCAACUGGAGGACAUUUAGUUCCCCUGGCACAGUCUCCACAAUAUACCGCUACUCCCAAUCCUGUGACGUCAGCAACCGCGACUUCUGACAUGAUGUAUCCGAAGCCAACCUCAUCUACACCUACUUCAAACCCCAUUUUUGUUCCAGCUGCUGGAUUUUCUUACGCAUCCAGUUUGGACCAGUUACCUGUCCCACAGUAUACAACUCUUGGAACCCCAGUCACCCGAUGGGAACAACCAGGCUUCUAUGCGACCUCCUGUAUCCCACAGAACCCCGUCCAAUCGUCUGCCUUCAAAGUUUCGCGAAAAGAGGAUCUUCGAUAUCCAACUGUUGGCUACCAAUUCUGCUCUCAAAUAUCGCAACUUCCAGAACCUUCUCACCAACAACCCCAGCAAACCCAAUCCACAGCUGUCUAUCAAACCUCUUUCAUCUACCCCAAAGACGCUGACUUUUAUACUCCAAGAGGAAUUGCGAAUGGACUGUCAAGUCAACCUGUGCUAUCAGCCCCAACAAUUGGAGUUAAAUCUCUACCCCCAAGAAGAAGAAUGCGGACAAAUGUGGGCUCGAAUGGAGGUAAUAAAUCAAGUACAUCUACAGCUAAGAAGAAUGUGGCUCUUAUCCAUAUGUGUCCUUUUGGAACUUGCGCUAAGGCUUACUCGAAAUCAUCGCAUUUGAAGGCCCAUAUGCGUGUUCAUACAGGGGAGAAACCAUUCCCCUGUGACUGGGUUGGCUGCAACUGGCGAUUUGCACGGUCUGACGAACUAACACGACAUUACCGGAAACACACUGGAGAUAAGCCAUUUAAAUGCGGUGUUUGUCAACGGGCAUUCGCUCGUAGCGACCAUCUCACUUUACACAUGAAGAAACAUCGGAGUCCCAAUUAA